GUGACGGACAUGCACAUGGGAGGAAGGCUGCACCACUCUCACACCAUCCUCGCCGCGCUCUGCCCACUCGAGUCUCUCCUUUGCAACCGCCCUUAGAAACCGCGAGACCGCCCUCAACGUGUCCGCAUUGAACUUUCCUUUGUAAUUUCUCCUGACCCGCGGCUUCCGGACACAGGCGCCCGCUGCGUGCCUUCUUUCUCAGCUCCUGGAUCUGACGUCCGCUGCUCGCACCUCUUCCUACACCGCCGGAAGAGCUGCAAUUCUCCUCGCACCCCGUUGUUGCACGUUCGCGACACAAAAUGGCGGCCGCGAACACGUCAUACGAGCUCCCGCCGCUCCCUGAAUACACCCUCCGACCGCAACCACCGCUCCUCUCCUGGAUAUCCGAUGAAGCCCUUGCAGCCGCGCUCCCUGUCGUCGCAUACUGGGCUGUGUCUCUAGUCUACCAUCUAAUCGACGUCUACGACCUAUUCAGCAAAUAUCGGCUACACACUCCCGCCGAGGUGCUGAAGCGCAACCAUGUCACACGAUACGAAGUCUUCCGGGACGUCAUAAUUCAACAAAUUAUUCAAACAUUCGCUGCCUUGGCCCUGUCGUGGUAUGAUGAGGUGGCACACAUUGGAAAAGCCGACUACGAUAUCGCCUGGUAUGCGCAGAAGCUGCGUCUCGCGCAACGGGCUGUUCCUGUGGUUCUGUCGGGCGUCGGCGUCAACUCAGCUGCAUUGGCGGCCAAGGUGGCUGCGUCACAGCCAGCCCUCGCCGGUGUUCUUCGAGGCGGGCACUACUUCCACGAAUCGGUUGCGCCCGCUUUUGCAGGGUGGGAGCUGGCCGUUGCAAGUGCUCUCUACUGGUAUGCCAUUCCCGCGCUGCAGUUCACGGCUGGCAUCAUCAUCAUCGACACAUGGGAGUACAUGCUGCACCGCGCCAUGCACAUGAACAAAUGGCUGUAUGUUACCUUCCACUCCCGCCACCACCGACUCUACGUACCGUACGCCUACGGUGCCCUCUACAACCACCCCUUCGAGGGAUUCCUACUUGACACGCUCGGCGCCGGCCUUGCCUACCUUGUGACUGGCAUGACCGUCCGACAGUCUUGGUUCUUCUUUUCUGGCUCGACUAUCAAGACCGUCCUGGACCACAGCGGCUACGAGUUCCCCUACGACCCGCUCCACUGGAUCUUCCCCAACAACGCCGCUUACCACGACAUCCACCACCAAAGCUGGGGCAUCAAGACCAACUUCUCGCAGCCCUUCUUCGUCUUCUGGGACAGAAUCGGUGGCACCAUGUACACAGGCAACGUGGAGGAGAAGUACGAGCGCGCGCGCCGCAUAGCCGACCAGAAGGUCGCGCAGGAGGAAGAGAACAAGGCUAAAGCGAUGCCGAACGGAUCCGCUGUCGCUUCGGCGAUUGAGUUGGACGAGAACGUGCGACCGCAGCAGAUCUCUGCGCCUCGCAGCACGCGGCGGAAGGCCUCCAGUAUAUCACAGUCGCCAGCCGACAACUUCAAGGGCCUACGGAACAAGGUCAAUGAGAGUCUGCACGGGAAGAGGGCGAAUGUUUUGGGUGUCGAGAGCUCGCACUAAACGCGAUUAAUGUCUAAUUCUUCUUAUGUAUAUCCUUUGUUUCUUUGAGUUGAGGUGAGCUGAUUUCCUCGAUGUAUUACUUGUGCUUGAGAGCGGAUGCUCGAUUGAGUGGUAUGGAGAUUAAGAUUCCGGGGAGUAAGAGGGUAGACUUGAUCCGCUCCUCGUUCGCUAUGUAUUCUAGAGUGGGAUUUGGGCAUCUGGGCGGUGACCUGGACUGAAUUUAUGGCGCUCGUUUGUAUGAUCACAUGUUGUUCUUCU